AUGUCGGAAGAGGAACAUGCGUUCGAGCAGGAUGCCGCCGGUGAAUCCGGUGCCUCCCUCACCUACCCCAUGCAGUGCUCUGCCCUGCGGAAGAACGGCCACGUCGUGAUCAAGGGCCGCCCUUGCAAGAUCGUCGACAUGUCUACAUCCAAGACUGGCAAGCACGGUCACGCCAAGGUCCACCUUGUCGCGAUCGAUAUCUUCACCGGCAAGAAGCUCGAGGAUCUCUCGCCUUCGACCCACAACAUGGAUGUUCCGAACGUCAAACGCACCGAGAUGAUGUCAAGGUCCCCGAGGGCGAGUUGGGUAAACAAAUCGAGGAAGGUUUCGAAGCCGGGAAGGAUCUCCGUAGGUCUUGGCUCGGACCAAACACUAAGGAACAAACAAGCUAACACCGCUACACCAGUCAUUACCAUCGUAGCUUCCAUGGGAGAGGAGGCCGCUAUUUCCUGGAAGGAGGACAGUGCUAAAAGCUAA